AGUAUUUUAGUGCAAAUUACAAAUUGUUAAAAAAUUACAAAAUGAACAGCACAAAGGAAAAUAAUACUACAGAAGAAGUACCACAAUUUGUUAAAGAUGCUGUGCUGGUCCACAGUUCUCCUUUUCCAAGCAGUACGCCUACGGUUAAGGGAUAUGAUUGGAACAAUGGAAUCAAUUAUCAUAAUCUGUUUGAGUCAUAUAAAAAUUCAGGUUUCCAAGCGACAAACUUUGGAUUAGCUGUAAAUGAAAUUAACCGUAUGUUAAUUGCCAGAAGUAUACCUCUUAAAGAAGAUCAAAUUGACAAAUUAGAAGAGGAUGAAUUUAUUAAAAGAAAAUCAUCAUGUACAAUAUUCUUAGGAUAUACAUCUAACAUGGCUUCUUGCGGUGUUAGAGAUACAAUAAGAUUCCUUGUUCAGCAUAAAAUGGUUGAUUGCAUAGUUACAACAGCGGGAGGAGUAGAAGAAGAUCUCAUUAAAUGUUUAGCGCCAACCUAUAUCGGUGAUUUCCACUUAAAUGGAAAAGAUCUUAGAGACAUUGGAAUUAAUCGAAUAGGGAACCUGUUAGUUCCUAAUGACAAUUAUUGUUUGUUUGAAGAUUGGGUGACACCAAUAUUAGAUGCUAUGCUAGUCGAACAGAAAGAACAAGGUACUCUAUGGACGCCAUCUAAAAUAAUAAGUAGAUUAGGAGAAGAAAUUAAUAACGAGGAAUCAAUAUAUUAUUGGGCAGCAAAAAAUAAAAUUCCAGUUUUUAGUCCGGCUUUAACGGAUGGUAGUUUAGGUGACAUGAUGUAUUUUCAUUCUUAUAAAAAUCCAGGACUAGUAGUAGAUAUACUUUCAGAUCUCAGACGAUUAAAUACAAUGGCUACUAAAGCAGUCAAAAGUGGAAUGAUCAUAGUUGGAGGUGGUGUCAUAAAACAUCACAUUUGUAAUGCAAAUUUAAUGAGAAAUGGUGCUGACUAUGCUGUUUUUCUAAACACAUCUUCAGAAUUUGAUGGUAGCGACAGCGGAGCACGCCCGGACGAGGCGGUCUCUUGGGGUAAAAUUCGAAAAGAUGCGACCCCAGUAAAAAUUUAUGCUGAGGCAUCUUUGAUAUUUCCACUCUUAGUUGGUGAAACUUUUGCGAGGAAUUAUCAUUAUUCAAAGAAGAAAACUGUUUCUGAUGUUUAAUAAAUAUACGAUAACGUUCCCUUCCACCAAUACAUAACGUUAGUUUAGAUAUAUUAUUAUUUAUUAAUACGAUCUCAUUAUUACGCGAUUAAAAAAUAACUUUUAAAUAAAAUCAUGAAAUCAGAUAAAAAAAAAGAAA